CAGUGUUGGCAUAAACAUGUCAAUUUUCUGCUGGUAUAAAACUGAGAGUGAGAACAAAGGAUGUCUGCCAACUCUGCUAGAGUGGUUUCCUGUAGAUCACAUGAUCUUCACAGUGACAGUGUUUGGGUUCGUACAAGCAUCAAACUUUUCCGACAUCCCUGAAUGCAUAAUCACCACAUCCAAAGAAACCUGACAGUUUGAUUUGCUUCACCGUACCAGUCCGACCAGUUAUGGCAGAUUCUCAACUUUCCCUUGUUCAUGGGAGUGAGGAUUUAUACACUUCAAUGGGAAACCAACUAGAGGAAAUAUUAAGAAACUGUACAUUAAAAAAAGGAACUUUUUCAAGAUAUAUUCUGAAUACAAAGACUGUAAUCGACGGAGACAGGCUUAAGAGAGAGACUUUUGGAGAAAAAGAUGAAAGCAAACUUCACAAAACCAUUUUAAUGGUUGGAGAAACAGGAACAGGGAAGUCUACUCUCAUUAAUGCCAUCGUCAACUACAUGCUGGACGUCCAAUGGGAAAACAAGAUCUGGUGUGAGAUCAUAGAGACAAAAGAAAACCAACCAGAUUCACAAACAAAUACAGUGACUGUGUAUGAUGUUUUUGCUGAAAAGAGCCCAUUCUCUCUCACUCUUAUUGACACACCUGGAUUUGCAAACACAGACGGGAUUGAGAAAGAUGCAAAUAUUGCUGAAACUUUACAUGAGUUAUUCAGAUCCAAAGAUGGAGUACCGGAAAUUGAUGCAGUGUGUCUUGUGGUGUCAGCAAAGAUGACUCGACUUACAAACUUUCAGCAGCAGAUAUUCGACGAUGUCCUCUCUUUAUUUGGUGUAGAUGUAGAGAAAAACAUUGUUGUGCUCAUGACAAAUGUCCAGAAUAAGCCAGUUAAUGCUGUAAAGGCCAUCAAAGCAUCUAAAGUCAAAUGUGCUAAAACUCCUAAAGGCAAGCCUGUGCACUUCUGCUUUGACAACUCUCACUGUGAAGAGUUUCAGGAUGAUGAUGAAGAUGAUGAGGAGACAGAUGGUGCUGAACAGAACCACAAAUACAAAGAUUUGUGGGUAAAAAAUGAGAAAACUAUGAAAGAUUUUUUUGCUUUUCUGAACAAUGCCACAUCUAUAAACGUAAAGCUGACUGAACAUGUUCUGAGAAAACGCAAACAACUGACUGCCUGCAUCACCAACCUAAAUGAUCGAAUCACACUGAUAGAACUCCGAAAAACUGAGCUUGAACAGAAAAAAGCAGCCUUGGAGAAAUGUGAAAAAGAAAAGAAGAACAAGAAUGACUUUGAAUGUGAAGUUGAAGAGCCCUACAAAGAAAAAGUACCUGUACCAUUUAGGCGGUGGCUGUUGGGUAAAAAAGCCACCUGCUGCAGUGUGUGUAAGGAGAACUGUCAUUAUCCUGGAUGCUGGUGGGUCAGAGAUCUCCGGUGGUGUAGUGUGAUGUCAGAUGGAAAGUGCACAGUGUGUACAGGGAAGUGUAAGUACACUGAACAUGUUAAAGAGGGGAAAAUGUAUGUUCUGAAGACACGGAAGGUGACGAAGACCAUUGAAGAUUUAAAAAAGAAAUAUGAGGUUGAGUCAGGGGAGAAAAUGAGUCUGAAGAGAAGACUUGAGAAUGAAAUAAAAAUGUAUGAAACAGAGAAGAACAAGCUGGUGGAUGACAGUUAUCAGUAUAUCAUCAGUCUGGAAGAGAUUGCUUUAAAUCCCACUGCUGUUUCUACACUUCAGCAUCUGGACUUCCUCAUAGAGAAAAUGAAGGAAACAAAAGACAAUAAGAGAGAGCAGAAAUUCCAAGAACUGAAAAAAAGAAUUGAAAAUAAAACCAGGAAUGAGACCCCUGGUUUGGGACCAGUUGCUUAAUUGGCAACAGUGUGUUUUAAAAUGUUAUUACUGCUGUUCAUUAUAUCCUCAGUUUUUACGCAGAGCAGCAGUGACUGACUGAGCAGCUAUCCGUCACGGAAACGAACUGUGUGGAUAAAACCAGCAUGAUUUGUAAAAAUUGGGCCACGACAGCCAUGGGACAGACAACAUAUCUGCGGAAUCACCACUAUGCUGUUUUACUAGCGCAAGGAGUGAGAGUAUCACAUGCUAAGUGUAAAAAAUAAAAAUCUAGUAUGUAAGUAUGUAAACCUCAGAGCAACUGACUCCACAAUUACCUUGGAAUCAAAUCACUCCACUUUGGCUACAUUCACAUUACCAGGCUGAAGUUAUUUAAAUCAGAUUUUUUGUUUAAUGUGGCUUAGAUCAGAUUUUUCUUUGGCUGUGUGAACAUGCCAAAUCCGAUUUUUUCAAAUCAGAUUUGAAUCACUUUCAUGUAUGGUUCUGAAUUGGUUACGUAUCCGAUUCAUUGACAUGCGACAUGAAUCUGAACAGUAAAAUCCGAAUUCAUGCGUCUUUUUGCUUUUAUGCAUGAGCUCUUGGUGCAGUUGUGCAGCUAUAUCUGCAAAAACAACAAAAGCAAGCCGCCUGGCCUUUUUUCACCUCCUCGACCUGAGCAUGCUCUCCACUCCAGCAAUGAUGCUCCACAUAUGAGCUGCUUACGCAUCCAUUUCCCUUUAAUAAGCUACGAGUCUUCUCUCAAAUAUGACGUUUUUUUGUUGCUUGUAAAGAAGGUGAUGCAUGUGAGGUGUUUUAGGAACAGAUUCGUUCACAUUACACACAGAUACAGGUCACUUACAUUUGUGAAUGUGAACCAUCAAGAUCAAGCCAAAUCCAAUCUGAGCAAAAAUCCGACCUUAGCAAAAAAUUGGAUUUGAGCAACAUGGCUUGUAAUGUGAACGGAACCUUUGU